AUGCGGAUGUCUAUUCCUGGAUUCUUGGGCCAGGAAGUCUUCCGUGGAACGCGUCCGCAGUUUUCCGCGGAGAGCGCCGCAGAAGGCAGGAAGCUGGAGACGCGCAGCUUCUCUGCAGAAGUCGCGGAAGACCUUCCGAAUCUGAUCGCGAGAAAACGGGAUUUUUUCCUCCACACCCCUCUGAAGGCCAAGUUCAAAGUUCGCGCGAUCCCGCAAAAGAAACCGAGCCGCGCAUGCAUCUAUGCAUGCUCGAAACUUGCGAGCGAAGCGACGGCCUCCCUCAACUUCCGCAGGCCGAGGGACUCCAAAGUGCGGCGACUUUUGGACUUCUGCCGUCAACUCACUCACCUUUUGCGUUUAUUCGACUUCGUUCCAGCCCACAGGUCCCGUCGUUCGCCAGUCACCGCCUCGCUUCUCGCUGCAUCUGCAUCUGUUCGGGCGAAUCUUCGCGUUGCGUGGAGGAGGCUCUCCACGGACUCUUUGCCGCGGAUUCUGUGUUUCGGCUUAUAUUCGGGGAAAAUGGACGCAAACAGCGGACCGCUGCUUCUCUCCCUCGUCGCCUUUCUGGACUCUCUCGGUCUGCGUAAGGCGGCGAAGGCUCUCCGCAAGGACAGCACGGCUCAGGGCCUUCUAACCGGAGAAGAGGCUGAGCUCUUCCCAGGCGCUACGCUGGCGCAGGUCGUCAAGCGCGGCCUGAGAGAGAAGAAGAGACACCGAGAACGCGAAGGAGAGGCGGCUGAAGAGACGCAGGCCGCAGCAGAGUCCAGCGAAAAGAAAAAGAAGAAGGUCGCCCUCGCAGGAUCUGCAGACGCGCCAGAGGCCGCCGGCGAGCGAGAGAAGAAACAGAAGAAAAACAGAUUCGAAGGAAAGACAAAGCAGAGAGCACAGAGGGAAGAGACUCCGUCGGCGGAUAGCGAGGAGGCAGCGGAGACGACUGCGGAGGUCAACGAAACAGAGAAUGGAGAGACAGACGCGUUUGCGAAGAAGGCUGAGAAAGGACAGAAGAACGAACAUGCGUCUGUGCUGCGAAGAUUCAAGCGCGUCGACGAAAGCAAGUGGGUCGAGAAGAUCAAGAAGGAAGACUUGAAAGACAAUUCUUUCUGGAACAAGAAAGACGAUUCGUUUGCUGUGAAGGCCGCACACGAUCUGGGCAAAGUUCGCGGCAGAGACUUCCGGCAUGAAAAAACGAAGAAGAAGAGAGCGAGUUGGAAGGGGUGUGGGGAGAUUCCCAUGACUGUGAACUCGAUUCAGUUUGACUCCAGCGACGACGAAUGAG